CAAAAUCACUCGCAAAUGACGCAACUGACAAACAGUGCACGUGUGUGAGGUUAAGUCAAAUCUGUUAUGUGAUUACGGAUCGUCGGCCUAGGAAACAAAAUUAAAUUUGGAAGCUCGACAUCUGGUCCGAUUGCAAGUAUGUUACGGAAAAGUUUGAUCUCGUUGUUGCGACAAGCAGACACAGUAAAAGCUCUCAAUGGACGAGGAUUGUACUCGGCAGCGGCACUAGGUAUGAAUGGAUACGAAAUGGUCCGCGAAAAAACAAAAACCCAGCAUAUGCACAAUGUGGACAACUUUAAACGCAAGAUGCAACAGUUUGUUGAAGGAUCCGCUACAAACAUGAUCUUCACCGAGGAUCUCAAAAAUAUUAUCCACUUGGUUGAGGACACCGCUGAGGAUAAGAAACUGUUGUUGGAUAUGAUUGAUAAAUAUAAUUCGCAAGCUCAGGAAUUGCGCUUCGGCAAUUACGUUUUCGGACCCGUGGUUAUGCGUGCACUGUAUUACUUGAAGGAUCCCACAUUAGCGUUGAAGCUGUUCAAGGAUGAGAAAUAUAACACGUUUUUUGGUCAACUAACAUCCUUCCAAAUACUGGGAGAUCUGUUGUACGAAAACGGCUUGUAUGCUGAAGUUCGAGAGGUGUUCGACAUUAUCAAAACUCGGCAGCUCCAAAGCGGUAACUAUCCGAAACAUAUGUUAACAUUAACUUUCGCAGCGUGCUACAAAGAAAACAGUGAUGAAUCCUAUCAAUAUGCAAUGAACUUGUGGAAGGAGCUUAAUGCAGUUGCGUAUGUACCGAUGAGGAAGGCCGCUGCCUUUGCAGCGGCGCUCGCUCUGAACCACAAACAGCCCGGCAUUGCAUUGGAAAUACUGGGAAGCGCUAAAGAGACCAACUAUGUUACAAUCAGACAAAUUAAGAUUCUAGCUUUACUGUCAUUGGAACGGUUGGAUGACUUGAUUCCUAGCUUCCGGGCAGUGCUCGAAAGUGGAGGACCCAUGGAGAAGAAACACUCCUUUUGUCGGGAGGUAAUUCAGCAGGUGGAAGAUGCACUCAAGGCAUCGAAAUCCGAUGUGCCUAAUGACCUGCCGCGAAUACUGGAAUUUAUUGAAUCGCACGGCCACGUUACCGAUAGUUCCUUGGAUCAGCUGAUAUGUCAAGAAGUCGUUACUAUCGCGCCGAAGAAGGAAAAUUUCAGUAACCUUGCCAAUAGCUAUAGGAGCCGUGGUGGAUCACAGGAUAUGAGAGAGUUCGCUCCCAACAGAGGGCAUCGGGUACGAUCUUCUCGUCCAGGAUUGGCCGAUAUGAAUUAACACACAUAAAUGGAAAAAAAUAUUUGAAUGGCGUCCGGUUUCAAAUAUAUUUUCCAAUCCUACACAACAGCGCAGUACCAAUCGGGGAUAAACGAUUCGUCACUUUGUCCCUUUUGAAUAUUAAACAAUAU